AUGUACUUCUUGCUUUCCAACCUUUCUUUUGCAGACAUUGGUUUCACCUCCACCACGGUACCAAAUAUGCUGGUGAGCAUCCAGACACAGAGCAAAGUCAUAAGAUAUAAAGGCUGUAUCACUCAAGUGUAUUUUUUCAUACAGUGUCUAAUGUUGGACAAUAUUCUGUUGACUGUGAUGUCCUAUGACCAUUACAUGGCCAUUUUCCACCCUCUGCAUUACACGGUCAUCAUGGACCCCAAGCUCUGUGUGUUGCUGGUUCUAGCAUGUUGGAUGCUGAGUGUCCUAAAUGCCCUGCUACAAAGCUUAAUGAUGUUAUGGCUGUCCUUCUGUACUGACUUAGAAAUCCCACAUUUCUUCUGUGAACUAAAUCAAAUAGUGCACUCUGCCUGUUCUGACACCUUUCCUAAUGAUGUGGUCAUAUAUGUUACCACUGUGGUACUGGGUGGUGGUCCCCUUGUUGGCAUUCUUCACUCUUAUUUUAAGAUAGCUUCCUCCAUACAUGCAAUCUCAUCAGCUCAGGGGAGAUAUAAAGCAUUUUCCACCUGUACAUCUCAUCUGUCAGUUGUCUUCUUAUUCUAUGGCACAAGCCUAGGUGAGUAA